AUGGCCAGCAACAACUAUGAUGUUGCUGCUCAGAACGCCGCACUAGCUGGGACUAACCAGUUCACGGCGGUUCAGGGCGAGGAAGAAGAUCCUUUUAUCUGGAGCAAGAAGCCCAAAAGUCUCAGUGACAUCCUGAAGGCAACUACACUACCCGUUGUUGUAAAACUGCGCAAUGAAAGCACAGGAGGCGACAAUGACAAACCUGUGGACCUUCGCCAGCCUUUUCUACUUUACAGAGAACUGAAAAGCAGAAAGCUACACGCCUGCAACCUCAGACCCCGUCCUGCUACCCGCGAUGUGGGACAACUGGUGUACAAAGUGGUUGGGCCACCAAUCACUUUCCCUGAGAGCUUUCCAGGAUAUUUCAAGCUGCUGGACUCCAGUGAUCAACCUUUGACAGGGAUUGCAGAAGUCAGCAGGUUGAUGUCUAAGUCUUUCGUCAGCACUGGGCCUUGUGAAGGCUACCUGUGUAUAAUACAGCUGGCGGAUACCGUAUAUCAAAAAGCAACGCUUUCCCCUGGUCUGUACUACUCAAACAGCAUCUUUGAAGGCACCAUCACCUACAUCAGUAAAAGGAAAACAGAGAAAAGAAAGCUUUUGAGGUCACUAGCUUGCACUGACGACAAAGGCAAGACUGUGUUAUUUCCAAUGGACACCAAGGGUGACUUCUAUAUAGCAGAGAUCAACGAAAAAUUUUCACGGCAUGUAAAUAAGGCGCCGCCUAUGAUUAAGGAAGGCCUUAGGGCUAGAAUUGUGUACGGACAAUCACCAGAACAAGAGUGUGACUUCACCGGAUUGGUGGAGUUGAAGCAUGUGACUGAAGAACAUACAAUAAUUGGCUGUACAAUGACUUCCUCACCCCGGCUGUUUGAAAUGGCUGUUACAACCGAUCCACUUUUCACUGCAUCAUUGAACUCCCAUGCAAACUACAUGGAAAGAGAACUGCAAAAGUAUCUGAAAUUUGCGAAGACGGAAUGUGAUAGUUAUAUGAAGUCUAUCAAAGUGAAAAAAGGCUAUGAUAUUGACAAAACUCAGGGUAAAGAUCAGUAA